AUGAUAAGAAUAUAUCCUUAUCCUUUCAGUAAAUAUGUCAAAUCGUUACCAGAUCCCCCACCAGCUAAAUCAAGAGAAAUAAAGCAUUUCAAAUGCAAAAAAUACGAAAAUGAUUAUAGUUGGUUACUUGAAGCCAAAAAUAAUUUGAAAAAAUGUUUCCAUUUAUGCAAUAUAUGUUCAGAAAAAUUUAAUUGUAUGAGACAUUUAGUAAAAAACUCAAAUGUGCAUUAUGAAUACAAUUUACAUGAGAAAGUUAUAAAAGAGAAUUCGAAGGACGAUAAUCAACAACUCAGAGAAAAUAUAUAUGAUGACAAUUCAUGUGAAAAUAAUAGAAGUACUAAGCAUAACAACAAAUCACAUGAUAUAAAGAAUAACAUUCUUAAGAUAAAUAGUAAUAAUUCAAAAAAUCAUAUGUGUGGCAACCAAGAUAUUCCAAGCUUAAAAUCAAUAGGAAAUAAUAGUUUAAUAUUUAGCAACUCUAUAAAUCAAGAGAGUGAAUGUUUAUCAUUUAAUGAUGAUGUGUUUAUAUUUUUGGAUGAUUAUUCAAAAAAAAAUUCGAACAGUUACACCAAUGAUGAAGGAAAUUAUGAUACAAAAUUAGAAAAUAUGUGCUUUCUGGAGUAUGAAGACCCCUUGUCACCAAAAUAUCAUGUAGAUGAUAUGAUAAUACAUAUAAAGAGACAUUUUAAAAAUAAUGUUUCAUAUUUUGCUUGUAAACAUGUUAAAAUUAAUGAUUUAUGUAAUAUGAAUGCUGAAGACAAUAAUUAUGACAAUAUAAACAUUUAUAUGUGUGAAAACAAUAGGGAAGACUUUUCUGUGAAUGGUUAUAAAGAAAACGACAGAAAAGAAAAUAAAUUAUAUAACUUUUCACAAUCAACUGUUAUGAAUACAUUUAAUGCAAAAGACGAACAAAGCGAAUCAAAUAAUUGGAUAUACACAUGUUCUAACAAAAGUAGAAAUAAUUUUUCUCUAGACAAAAGUUACUUAAGAGAAGAUAUUGGGGAAAACGAUAUUAAUAUUGAAGAAAUUACUGAAAACUACGAAUGGCCGAAUAUUUCUAAUUUUUAUAAUAACAAAAAGGGUAACACUUCAUAUACUGUAAAAGAAUCAAAAAAUUAUGAAUAUUGUAAGAGUAGCAAUAAAAACAAGAAUAUUGAUAAAAACAACAAUGAUACCUACAAAGAUGACAAUAAGAAAAAUCUCAGUGUAUGUAAUAAGGAUUAUGUGAACAAGAUCAGUAACAAUUGUAACAAUGAGAACUUUUUUAAAAAGCAUAAAUCUGAUAAAACAAAUAAGCACACAAAUUUAUUGAAUUCAGAAAAAAGUCCACGAACCUUAAUGAAUGAAUUAAAUGAAAAAUUGAUAAAGAGAAAAAAUUUAAGUCUUCAAAAUAAUAGUGAAAAAAAUGAAAACAUAUCAGCUGAUAUGUUAUUUACUCACGAAGAAAAGAAAAAAAAUAUUGAAAAGUCUGCUGAAAAUUUAACGGCUAAUAACAGAUACUGUUCUAAAGAAACGUCAAAUAAUAAUUUUACUUGUAUGAAAGAGAAUAUAAAUAUGUUUAAUAUCUAUAAAAGAAAUAGCAUAAAUAAAACAAAGACAGUUAAUAAUGUUGAUAUUAAUGAACUCAAAAGUAAACUCGUAAAUGUUGCAAAUUUAGUUCCAAAUAAUCCAAGAAAUAAUUCAGAAAAAUCAAAAGUAUUAUAUAGUGAAGCAAAAAAUAUUAAUGGCAAAACUAAUUAUUAUUAUGUUGAGAAUGAAACAAACGUUUCUAAUACAGAUAUGGAUCAAUUAGAACAGAAUAUGAAUACCAUCACUAACCAAAGUGAUGAAACUAACACAAAAAUAUGUAAUUUUAAAAAAUUUUAUAAAAAAUUUAAUGAUAAAUUAGAUGUAAAAAAUUAUGAUGUAGAAAUAAACAAUUUUAGUAUUAAUGAAAAAGAAAAAAGCGAUAAUUUAAUAUUGUUGGAACUAAUGGAAAGCAAUAAAUUUAUGGAGACAAAUAAUAAGGAUGAAGUCAACAUAAAAGGUGGCUAUUCAUAUUCUAACGAAGAAAAAAUUAAACAAAUCUAUGAAAAAAAUAAAUAUAAAAAUAUUAUUCAUGCAGACACAUUAUACAUAAACAAAGUAAACAAAAAUAAAAAAAAAGAUCAUUCAGAAGUAAUUGAAAGUAAAAUAAAUAAAAAAGCUCUCACUAAUAAUAUAAAAACAAAUAAUCAUAUUUGUAUUAGUAAAAAUUCAUUUGAUUCAAAAAAUAUCUAUGAGAAAAAAAUAAAUGUGGCUGAUAUUAGCAAGGAAGGAAAUAGAAUUGUGAAACCUUUAUAUGAAAUUGAAAGUGUAAAAGGAAUCAAUAUUUAUAAUAAGCAUAUUAGUGAUAAAAAUAGUACAGCUGGUGAGUUGGAUGAUAUUACCAGUUGUAAUAAAAACAAUAAUAAUAAAAAUACUGUUUCUAGGAAUAAUAUAUAUAACUCUUUAAUUAAAAAUUGUGAAUCGGACUUUAAAAAUUACGAAAAUUCUAAAAUAAAAAGCCGAUUUAAAAUAAGUGACAUCAAUGGUGUUAAGAUAAGAAGUUGUGGUAUAAAUGAAAAUAAUACACUUAUUUCUAAGAGGAAAGAAAACAGUUUUUCAGACAUUAAGAAUAAAAAUGUAUCAAUGUCUACUAAUAAAAUGAAAGUUAAGAAUAACGUAAAUAAUAAUAAUGAAAAUGUUACAGUUAGAAAAAGUGAAUUAAAUAUGCAUAAUUUUAAAUAUAACUCAUACUUUAAUAAGAAUGACGAAGCAAUUAAAGAUCAUCCAAAUAUAAAUGACACACUAAAUGAAUCCGAUAAACUAGGAUAUUACAAAUACAUGAAUAAGGAGAAAUCUGCAGAUGAAAACAGCUUAAUUUUACGUAAAAAAGAAGAAUAUAAGGAACAAAACGAAGAAAAUGAUACAAAUAAAAUUAGGUAUAAGAAAAGGCUAAAUAAUGAAUUGAAAAAAAAAUUAAGUACCAUUUUAAACUUAUAUACUAAUCCUAACAAAAUAAACAUUCACAAUAAAAUAUAUGCUUCUGAUAUGGAUAAAGUAAAUUUAGACAAUGAUAAGGUAAUAUAUAUUAACAACAAUUAUUUUUUUAAUGUUGAUAAAGAUAAUUACUUUGAGAAUUGUGAUGGAAAAUGUCCAAGAAAUUCAAUGAAAUACAAUUUUAAAAAGCUUGAUUUACAAUUUUGUAAAAAUAAAAAUGACUUUUAUAGUUUUAAAUAUAUGAGCAAAAUUUUAUCUAGUAGUAGCUUGUCUAAAGAAUAUAUAUUUAGUGAGAGCUUUGAAUCUAAUAUUUUAGAAAAAAAAGUUAAUAAAUUAAAGGAAUUAAAAAACAAAUAUUUAUUAAAAAAAUAUUUAAACGAAAUAUUGGAUAGAAAAAAAAUGCAUUCUGUAACUAGUAUAAAUAAAAAAGUACCAAAUAUUGAUUGCCCAAAAUUGAUUUAUAACACAGAAAAAAAUAUAUAUGAUGGUAGUUCUAAAAGUGAAAUUAAAUAUAGUAAAAAAAAAGAAUCAUUUCGAGAUGAUUUAUAUGUUAAAGAAACAUUAAAAGAACAAUUAAGAAUGAAUAAAAGGAAUAUUGAAUUAUAUAAAGCACCAGAAUCACCAAAAAAACAGGACAAAAUACCGAAACCAUUAGCUAGUCAUUUGGAAACUAAUUCAUUGUCGCAUUUAAAUAAAACACCGUCAUAUCCAUUUGAGCAAUUUAUUUUAUAA